UUGUGAAAUGUUCCUUAUUUCCUGUCCAGCAUGCAUGGAAAUGACUUGUGUGCGUGAAUAUCUCAUCUUUCCUUUGUCAGGUGAUUUACUGGCUUUUGACCAGGAUUCCAGUCCAGAACCAUGGCAAGAAACUCAGCUGAUUAACAAUCUCGAUGCUUGGAAAACUGCUGCUUUGGGUGGAUUGAGAUGUCACGGAGAAGUAACGUGCUGCUUCCUGCUCUCUUAACUUAAUGGGAAAAGGAGUUAAGUGGAAGCUUUUAAAGGGAAAUAGAUAUAUUUUUUUCCAGACUGAAGCUGAGAACUUGGCAAAACAACCCACAAAAUGACUCCUGACUCAAAAAAACUUUUCAACGUACUUAUUUUGGGAAUCUCAUUCAUGUUUAUAUUCACUGCUUUCCAAACAUGUGGAAAUAUUGCGCAAACAGUUAUUACAAAUCUAAACAGCACAGAUUUUCAUGGCAGUGGCUACACAAGCAUGUCUAUUAUAUAUGGAGUAUUCUCAGCAUCAAACCUUAUCUCACCUUCAGUGGUUGCACUAGUAGGACCUCAACUCUCCAUGUUUAUUAGUGGCAUAUUUUAUAGCUUAUACAUUGCAGUUUUUAUUCAACCUUCUACGUGGACUUUCUAUACUGCUUCUGUUUUUAUUGGCAUUGCAGCUGCAGUACUAUGGACGGCACAGGGAAAUUGCUUGACUAUAAAUUCUGAUGAAAAUACCAUUGGAAGGAACAGUGGAGUAUUUUGGGCCCUCUUACAGUCCAGCUUGUUUUUUGGAAACCUCUAUAUAUACUUCGCUUGGCAAGGGAAAACUUACAUAUCAGAGAGCGAUCGCAGGACUGUCUUCAUUGCCUUGACUGUUAUCAGUCUUGUGGGCACAGUUCUGUUCUUUCUGAUUAGGAAACAAGAGGACACAAAAGCUCCAGGGGAGGAAGAUUCUACUAAUGAAAUCCCUGGGGACAGCUCGUCUGCACGAUACAAACUGAUGAGAGCAGUGGAUGCCUUCAAGAGAUCUAUAAAGCUAAGCUUCACAAAGGAGAUUCUGCUCCUCAGUGUUACAACAGCCUAUACAGGUUUGGAAUUAACAUUCUUUUCUGGAGUGUAUGGAACGUGCAUUGGUGCUGUGAAUAGGUUUGGCACCGAAGAGAAAAGCCUUAUUGGUCUCUCUGGGAUUUUUAUUGGUGUUGGGGAAAUUUUAGGUGGAGGGAUCUUUGGUUUACUGAGCAAGAAGAGUCGCUUUGGCAGGAACCCCAUUGUGAUGCUAGGCAUCAUUGUCCACUUCAUUGCCUUUUAUUUAAUUUUUGUCAACAUGCCAAGUAAUGCCCCUGUUGCUCCUAUGGAAGGAACAGAUGACAGUGCUUACAUGAUUCCAAGCAAAGAGGUGGCCAUGUUCUGCAGCUUUCUGUUGGGCCUGGGAGACAGCUGCUUCAAUACCCAACUCCUCAGCAUUUUAGGAUUCCUGUAUUCUGAAGACAGUGCUCCUGCCUUUGCCAUCUUUAAGUUUGUUCAGUCCAUCUGUGCUGCGGUUGCCUAUUUCUACAGCAACUACUUCCUUCUGCAGUGGCAGCUCCUGAUCAUGGUGAUUGUUGGUUUCUUUGGAACCAUUACCUUCUUUGCAGUGGAGUGGAAGGCAGCAGCAUUACUUGCCCGUGGCUCUGACUACAGCAGCAUUUGAUCUCAAUAUCCCACACCUAUAAGGAAGAGCACAAGCAUUUUUGACAAGUGAUGCGAGAAGGUGGAAGGAUCAAGUUGAAGAGAUUAUGAUGGAGGAAGCUACUAAUAAAUCACCAUCCCUCAAACUGAAUGUGAAAUAUAGGAGGAGAAAAUGCCAAGUCUGAAAGGCUUUUUCUUUUGCUUUAAUCAACUGAGCGUGGUAUGCGUGUUCUUAAAAAUCCCGUGUUAGAAAUGAAAGGAAAUAGAGAUCAAUGGAUUGAAGACUUUUGUUCUCAGCCAUACCUUCCUGAACGUGUAAUUGCCUAAUUUCACUGUCAGAAUUAGUUUUCCUUUCUCUCCCUAAAUUAUUUUACCUAUAUCCUCGUUCUGCAGACACUUAAAUUCUCCCACUGAAUGACCAGUGUUUUUAUGAUGUAUUGCAGAAUGAGUCUGUAAGACUGAACAAUCGAUUCAUAUCAUUGUCAGGAAAAAAAAAUCAAUUAGAUAUGCAGUAUUUCUGCAGGAAAUGUUGCCUUAUUCUUUUACCUGGAAGUUCUCAAAUCCUUGUGUAGAACAAUUUGCUUUACUUAGUCACCUCUGGGAUAUAAAACCAGCCUUCAGUCCAGCAUCUCCCAGAGUAGAGCUGCAGUGGGGCAGCUGCUGUCACCUUCUCAGGGUAAUGCUAUGUGAAGGACCGCAAGGCUUCCCUCCCAGAUGUCCCAGCAGUUCUUUUCAGCUCACAGAUCAUGAUUAAAAACCUCAGUGAUGGGAGUAUUCUCAAAGAUGUGCUUUAAAAGUGCAGUUGGAGUCAGAAUGUGAUCUGUGAGAAUCAUCUUGUGGUGUUUAUUCUGCUGCACGGUCCAAAAAUACCUGAGAUGAUUGAUGUCAGCUGUUUCCUUCAGUAUAUUUAGGGAAGACUGUACUGGAAUCUCAUUCUGCCAAAUGUGAAAACAAGCUGAAUGGCAUAGCAACUGAAUUUGAGUCUGGAACUGUUGUAAUGGUGAUCUCCUGGACUCAGCAGGUGCAACCCACCUCGCUUUUACAUGUCUGCAUGACGUUGUAGUGCUUGCAGUUUUGCUUCCAUCUAGCAGAUAAACAAGAUGCAGCUGAGAGCAGAUAAGAAACACUGAGCAAGGUGGGAGUUUUUUAGACACUCCGUCUAACUAUUCUUAGAAGAGUACCAUUUCUCAAGCUUUUUGUACAGUCAGAAUGCAAAUGUCUUGUCAUGUUUUCCAAGACAAGUAAAAAUAUUGACUUGGAGUAUGCAUUAGUAGCUCCUGCGUGUCAUACAGACAUAGGUGUGCCCAAGGUUAAACUUGGUGAGGGAGUAUGAUGUCUCCUGUGACAUUUGCUGUCACUUCUGUUCUUGCAGAGCAUAUAAAGUAUUGCUCCCAUGAAGCACAGCUGUCUUCAUGCAUAAUGAGACAGCAGAGAAGGAUUAUUUUAGAGGUAUAUGGAAAGGAUUUAAAAUUCACUCUAGGUUUUCUUGCUAUGAGUUUAGUAAGGUGUUAGUGGGGGGAUUAGAAGGCACCUGAACAACUGGCAAGCGAAGAAAUCUGAGGACAGCCAGGAAAGCCUUUAUAUAUUUCCAGGAGAUGUACUGGAUGAUGUGGAAGAAUGAGACGAGAGCACACGUUGAGUGAGGGGUUAUUGGAGCCAUUCCAGUCUGUCAGACAAACUGAGAAAGCAUUUGGUAUUCGAUCACAAAAAGUGAGUAGCAGCACUCAGAUGCUCUUAUCCACCUGUUGUCCUGUAAUGUAAAGACACUGUAUAGAGAGCACCAUAAAAUGUACACGUGAUAGGAUGCUGGCAGUGAUUACAGUUCUCAUUCAUAUACAUAUCAAUAUAUAUUGGCUGUUAACUGUAUAACUUUUAAACGUUUGAUCUUAAGAGAAGGUUUGCAGUUGAUCAAGCCACGACACAUGAUUGUUUCUUCACUUAUUUCUGUGAUUUCAGGGUAAUAAAAAGAAUCCAGACACAGCUGUAUACAAUGGUUCCAUGGGUCAGAAUGCUUGUUGUAGCAGUCCAAAGAAUGGCAGGGCUGGAAGCUGUCAUCAUUCCAUCCCUUAAUCUUCCUAUUGGUGUUUACCAGCCCUGGUAAAUCAUUUGGGGGGAGGAAAGGAAAUGGCUUCUGCUGUUGUGUUUGUGGUGCCAUGGUUUUGUUUUACAUCAGGGUUUUUAUCUUUAUAAGUGAAAUUACAUAUUAAUUUGUUUGGGUUUGUUUGAAAAGAAUAUAUAUAUAUUUUUUCCUUU